UCGUCACGUACAAUUAAUUGUGUUUAAUCAAGUUUGCGAUGGGACGCAAAAGAAAACACUCUGAUUCCGAGUCAGAGGAUGACAAGGAGAACAGGCUCGAGAGAAAAAUGAAACGCCUGUUGAGGAAAAUGAAAAAACACAAGAAAAAUCGUCGAGUGAAGGUUAGACAUGGGAAACGCCCACGUGCGCGAGAUAGUCACAGUCGGGAGGUGACUCCCAGGGAGUCAGAUUCGGAGUCUCACAGCGGUUCAAAAGACUCCCCUCAAGACCAGCACCAGCGUUCAAUGCCACAAGACUCAAGAGGCUCAUUGCCACGAGAAGACCCUGCGCCUCCUGUACAGAGGGUUGAAAGUUAUUCUCCCUUAAAUGGCAUUGAAGUCGAAAAUUCGUCAAUAGUUCCACCAAGUGGAGGUUCUCAUGACGACGUGGGUCAGCAGAAGCCUGCAGGCGAUGGUUCCUCAGCAUCGAGUCAUCCAGACUCAGUGGACAACACCAUCAGUGUCCAAGCAGAGGUCCACGCAACGGAUCAAGGCCAGCAGACUGGAUUUAGAAAUCCUGGAGGCAAUUGGCAAUCGAGUAGCCCCUGACCGAGUUCUCGGACUAGCGAUCUCUAAAAGCAUCGCGGUUCUCCUCGAGGAUAUUUUAAAAAAAGGCUUACCGAGAGAGAAGAAGGAAAAAUUAGUCAAAGAACACACCCCUCCGAAAAACUGUGUGCUUUUACACCCUCCAAAAUUAAAUGACGAAAUCAAGGCCUCAAUAAACGAAACCUCCUUGAAACGAGACUAGCGAAUCGCGGAGAAGCAGAAGAAAAUCACUGCUUGCCUUGCUCUAUUGGGUAAUGUUAUUACAGACAUCGUCAAUGGUGGUAAGCCUGAGUCAGAAAAUCCAAAGUUAUCAGCAGCUCAAAUGAGUCUUGUGAAGAAGCUCAGUGGAGCAGCGCGUUUAAUGGCGGAUCUCCAGAGGGAUGAAUCCUUGACUCGAAGAAGUCUACUCCUUGCAACCAUCAAUAGCGCUCAAAAAGAGACUUUGGAAUUAUCUGCUGCAGAUGAAUGGGUGUUUGGUCCCAAGCUAGGGGACCGUCUCAGAGCAGCAAAAGUUAUAGAGAAGUCAGGUCAGGACUUGAAGCUGAAAUCCAAGGGAGGAACUCAAUCAAAAAACUUCAAGGGCCCGCCUCGACAUCAAAAUACCAAAGGCUCUCAGUCAGGCGGGUGGCGAAACAGAAACCACGGUCAGAAUUCCAACAGGAAAUGGAACAACACCAGCCAGAACAACUCGAACAAGAGCAACAGCCAGUCGCAGCCAGCGAAUUCAGAAAAGAAAACGUCAUCUUAGGUGGUGUAAGUAAAAUGGCGGGGAGAUUACGAUUCUUCCUGAAAGAGUGGGAAGUUUUAACUUCCGAUUCCCGAAUUUUGAGUUGGAUAAAGGGUGUGACCUUUUCCCUAAUUAUUUGUUAAUAAAUUAGAGGGCGGGUCAAAUGUUAAUUAAAAAAGGGGCAGAGGCUGU